UAUCACUCCCCGCGAGACUCAAGCUCUGACCCAACCCAGCCCUAUCAGGUAUGAGUGAAAGAGCCCCAGAAAUAAUAUUCAGAUCGGGAAAUAUACCCGUCCGGUUCUUCAAAGCCUGCCGAUGGUGUAGAAAGCAGAAGAUGCGCUGUGAUGCGCGCACUCAGGUUCCCUGCUUCCGCUGCCGUUCGGCUGGUCGGGAUUGCAUCUUGGACCCUAUGGAGGAUGGGAGGCGGCGCAGUGAGCGUCGGAAGAAGACCGGAGCCCCGUCAACACGAGGCCAUGGGGCCACUUCUCCAUGGGGCCACAGCAGGGCGCUGAACACUCCCGAAUCAAGAGAGCGCGAAUAUUCUCCUGACUCAGCAAGGGACACUACCUACCACGAUGCCCAGAUAGAUUCCUUGCCAGGGUCUACAGCCCUAGAGGAUCUACGAGCAUCCCAGGUUACCGAUCAGAAUGGUCCCGAGUCUCAGCAACUAAGCCCCAAUGAUAUGAUCGCACCGGUAGGAGCUAUGCACUCCAUGUCUGUCAACUUACUAGGGUCUAACAAUAUAUUCAUGGAAAACCCAGCCAACGGUGACACGAAAGGCGACAUUGUAACCCGCGGCAUUGUCAGUGAGGAGCGUGCCCGCGUUAUGUAUGAACGUUUCAUGGGCGGAAGUAAGAAUUUCCUGCCACUGUUCGACCCGAUUCGAGACACCUUUGACUCCAUCCGGUCGCGUUCUGUGUUUUGUUUCACGGUUAUUAUUUACUUAGCUAGUCGGGCUGUUAUUGACUUGCGUAGCGACACACACUUGCAGCGAGUACUCCAAGAUGAAGCACAACGACUGGCCGAGGAUGGCUUCUUUGAACGCCCUACAAAGCUUGAGGCGGUUCAAGGCAUGAUACUAUUAGCGGCAUACUCUGAGAAAACAUGGUUCUCCACAGCACUCAUUCUGCGAACCGCUCUGGACUCGGGCUUAGAAAAGUCGCUGGAUACGUUGCUGUCUCAAGAUAACGUCCCCCGGAGUUCCUUAACUGCCUCCAUGGCAGACCGUCAGUUGGUGUGGCAGACCAGAACCUGGCUGAUCAGUUUCACUUUGGAAUUGGAUGUAGCUUCGGGCACUGGCCGGAAGUCACGUAUUGCUGAGGUGGAUAUCCUCAAGUUGCGUAAAUUCCUCGAGUAUCCACUUUCUCUGCCUUGUGAUAUGCGCACAGUGUGCAUCAUUGAACUUCACCAACUUCGGGGUCAAUCGCGGAUAAUCAUUGAAAACUCGUCGACGAUUUAUCAUAUCGUCUCAGCAGAACUGCCAACUAUUAUGGCAAGAUUGCAUAAUUGGUGGACAACGUGGGACGAGAUUCACAACAAUAAUGGAUUCCAUGCAGGAGCCUUCCAACGUUGCAGUCUUAGGCUCAUGCUCAAUUAUGCCAGAAUAUUCGUUCUCUGUGUUUCGUUAGCACGUAUCCAAAAACUACAGUCGACAGCCUCCGAUUCCGAGCCAGACACCAUGGACCAGAAUGUUCUGAACCUAUGGCAAUCGCUGGUUUUCACGAUCAUGGACCAGUUGGCGUUUCUUAUCACAGAGCCUGCCUACCGUUGUCAAUUGGAAUGGGCCCCGACAUAUCCAGCGCUGACGAUUGCCUUUGUCACGACAUUUGCAUUACGCAUUGCACGAUGGCGCCCAACGCUAAUUGACCGGGACUUGCUGCUAGAUAGAGUACACCAUAUCUGCGAAUUUCUCAAACAGCCGCCGUAUCCGGAUAUCCACCGCACAGUCUCUAUCUUCGUGAACUACGCUCGCGCCCUAAUUGUGAGCCAGCGCCCACACAGUGUUGAUAGUGCAGAUGCACCUAAUAUGCCCGAGCAUGGAGACGUGCAGGAGCCUCUGAGCGGGCGGUCUGAUGCCCCAAUAGAUAGCACCGCUCCAUCAGGACUGGCUCCACUAGAUGAUGCUAGCUAUAAAACCGGGGUCUCCUUCCCAGGUGAUAAGGAUGCCAAUGCGGUAUCGAUGCCAAGCAGUGACAAAGCUGCAAUAUCUAGACCGCCUCUUUCGAGAUUUCCAGGAAAUAUGGAAGCGCCCAAUUGGACAAUGUCGAACCCUAUUGCGGAUUCGUUUGGGCUCUUUGAAGAAGGCCAGAAUGAUUUAUUCGACUUCUUGCCCGUGAUGCCUUCUAUGCCACAAUGACCGUCGGGUGUACUGCUCUAUCUAUCCAACUCUCUUCUAAGAAUUGUGAAUUCGAUUUGAAUAUCUCUUC